UUCCGCACUUUAACGUGCUUCCUGUCCCGGAGCAGCAUGGCAGAGCUGAAGAUUAAUCGCAAGUUCGCUGAGCGUUAUGAACGUUACCGGGAGAAGGAGGAGCUGCAGCGACUAAAGGAUCGGUAUGGGAACAAAGAAGAAGAGGACAGCGAGUCUUCCAGCUCGGAGUCUGAAAAUGAGCCGACGAUUGAUCCAGCACUGGACAAGGAAUUUUACCGUACCCUGUCUCUGCUCAAAAAGAAAGAUCCUAGGAUAUACCAAGAGGAUGCCACUUUUUACAAAGAAAGAGAUCAGCCGGCUGCCAGUCAGAGUAAAUCCACAAAGGAGAAGCCUAUGUACCUAAAAGACUACGAGCGGAAAGUGAUCCUGGAGAAGGAAGGGAAAUAUGAGGAUGAAGAAAGCUCAGAUGGAGAGGAAGGCGUAUUACAAGAUCAGCGUUCUCGAUCCCCAACUUACCUAGAGGAACAGAGGCAAAUCAAAGAAAGUUUUCAAAAGUUUGUUGAGGACAGUGACAGUGAAGAGGAUGUUGGGACCACAGCUAACCUGUUAACCAAACGAGUGAAAACCAAAAAAGAAGAGGACGAGGAGGAAGAGGAAUACAUUGGCUGGCUGAAAGGGCAGAAAGACAUAGAAGGAAAAGAAGAUCUGAAGGAAAUGACUUAUCUGAAGGAAUUCUGGACUGACCCUUCCCUGGAAGAAGGAGAGAAGUUUCUAAGAGAUUAUAUUCUAAACAAAGAGUAUGUGGAGUCUGAAUUGGAGUCUGAAGACGAGGAAUGCCCGCCAGCACUGGAGGAAGCACCACACGUCUCUGAUUCUGAGGACGAAGGGGAACUUUUCUUGACAAAACAAGAAGAUUUUGAAAGAAAAUAUAACUUCCGAUUUGAAGAGCCUGAUUCUGAAUUGAUUAAGACUUUUCCCAGGACCAUCGCUCGGUCGGUGAGGAGGAAAGACGAUCGGAGGAAGAUGAAACGAGAGGAGAUAAGGGAGAGGAAGAAGAAGGAGAAAGAGAAGAAGGAGGAGGAGAUGAAGCAGUUAAAGAACCUGAAGAGGAAGGAGCUGCAGGACAAAUUGCAGAAGCUGCGGGAGCUGACCGGAGAUCAGAAUCUAGGAGUUACUGAGGAGGACUUGAUGGAAGAUUUCGACCCGGAGAAACAUGAACAGAUUAUGCAGAAAUGCUUUGGGGAUGAUUAUUAUGGAGUAGAGGAGGAACAGAAGCCACAGUUUGACGAAGAGGAGGAGUUGGAUGGGGAGUGGAACUGGGAUAACUGGACUGGAGCAGAAGGAGAGGAGGGGACUGGUGACGAGGAUGAGUGUGACGAGGAAGAGGAAAAUCCCCAGCUCCACUGCGAUGACCCAAACUUUGUGAUGGAUGCAGAGUACGACCCUCAAGCAGCUCCUGCACCAUCACGUAAGGAAAGAAAGCGGCUCCGGCUGGAGAGAGAAAAGAAUGCAAAGAAGAGAAAGAAGUCUGUGUUUGCUGAAGCUGUGAGCAAAGACAAACCCAUAUUUAACCCAGAUGAUAAAACAUUCCAGGAAUAUGUAGAAGAAUUUUACAAGCUAGACUAUGAGGAUAUUGUGGAUGAUCUGCCAUGUCGAUUCAAGUAUCGUCCGGUGGUUCCUUGUGACUUUGGACUCAGCACUGAGGAAAUCCUGAAAGCAGAUGACAAGGAACUCAACAGAUGGUGUUCACUAAGGAAGACUUGUAUGUACAGAUCUGAUAAAGAAGACCUUUAUGACCAAAAUAUCUUCAGCCAGAAAGGACAAAAUCUUUGGAAGAAACAGCAAAUCCUAAAGUCUGUUACUCAGAGUGCUGAAAACUCAGAAUCUUCAGUCCCCUCCAAGACCAAGGUAGGAAAGAAACGCAGAGAAAAACUGAAAAACCAAUCAGAAGAGAGCAAGCUGGUGCUAAAAUCUGCUGAAUCAGAAGAAACAAUGCAGCUAGACGUAGGUCAGAAGAAAUCUCCAUACACUGAAGCUUUGCCAAAGCUGGAGGUAAGAGAGAAGUCAGCCUCUGCCGAAACAGAACUGACAAAACAGUCUUUGCCCAAGGUGGGUCGUGGUGAAGUAAAGACCAUUGGCAAGUCAGAUGCCAGCAGUAUACCCACAGCGAAGAAAGUGUUUGCCAAGGCUGAAGAACUGAAGGCAUUAGCGAAUAAAAGCUCAGAGGACAAGCCAAGUCACAAUAGUAUACCUGCAGCGAAGAAGGACUCUGCCAAGACUAAAGUACUGAAGGCAGCAGCAGAGAGUAAAAGCACCAAGGACAAGCCAAGUGCCAACAGUCUACUCGCAGGGAAGACAGUUUCUGCCCAGGCUGAAGUACUGGAGGCAAAAGUGAAUGACCUGUGUUUGAAAGCAAAGAAAAAGAAACUAAAACGGAAGGGCGGGCAUCUUCUGGGUGCCAUGGUGCGAUUGGGUGGAAGGGAAUUUAGUGGGCAAAGACUGCGGGCAUAUGGCUUGAACCCCAAGAGGUUGCAGUAUAGGCAACUGGGCAGAGAAAGGCGGAAGAUGAAGGAAAAACAGCAAAAGAAAACCACUAAAGAGAACUAA